AUGGAGAAUCCUUAUAGUGAACCAGUAAAUGUUGCCAACCAACAACAAACUAGCAAUCACACAGUCACAGCAUCUCAUCCACCGCUGUAUCCAACAAAUGAAUAUAAUCCAUUAGUUGAUCCAACCCCAGGACAAGCUCAGUCGGCUCGACAACAAGAAUAUCCUCAAAUAGAAGAGCCAACAAACGUUCAAGUUUAUCCAAAUUCAGAGACAACUUCAUUAAUUGAUGUAAAUCCUACUCCAGCUCCACAGCCUGCUCCUCCACAAACUUACCCCGAGAAUAUACCAACAUCUGAUAAUAAUCCGUUCGUCAAUUCACCAUCUAUCUCUGACUCCCAUCCUUCCCAAGGUCAGCCUUAUCAGAAUCAGGCAUACACGCAAGCACCCAGUGGUCAGUACCCUAAUCCGCCUGCAUAUCCAACCAAUGAAGAAAAGAAAGACUUUGAUGAUGGACAAUCGGAUAAGUCAAAGCCAAUUAAAAUCGAAGCUAUUUGGGUUGAAUCAACAGUUGACCAAGAUCAUUUAUUCUACUACGAGCCAAAUGGAAGAGCCAUCACUCCAUCCAAAUACGCUUAUUACCCACCAGUUAAACAAAUCGUUUAUGAUAAGGAAGGAAGGGCAUACAAGGCUCACUUCCCACCAGCAGUUACAAAUACCCAGAAAUUGGCUCAAGGUCAAUCUAAGUUUGAUAGGAAGGUUAUGAAACCAAUUGGAAAGUCCCUAGAUAAGUUUGCUGAUGUAAUGAAUGAUGCAGCUCGUGGGCUUUCUAAGCUAUUCCGCCCAAGAAAAUAA